AUGAGAAAUUUUGGCUAUUUUAUGAUCUAUAUGCGAAAUAUUAAUAAUUAUGAUAUUUCUGUUUGGCAUGUCGCAUAUAUUAUAAUGAUCAUAUCUAAUAGUGUAUCUGUUUUAGGUAUUAUUUUUAUAGCCUGCAUUUCUACUUACUCCCCCUCUCUGUGAGCGAAAAAAAAAAAUUUGGAAAAAUCCCUAUUUUUGCCCAAAAAUCCACCCUCGUGAACAACAAACAUUGUUUAAGAAGAAUUUUUUUUAAUCUAAGUGAUAAUUAUUAUAAUGAAGUCUCUAAAUAAUUCUGUUUUAUUUUAAACAGCUUGCAUUUUAAAACAUAAAUUUACAAAUUGAAUUAAUAUUUGCUUUAAAAAUUAUUUCGAAUGUGAUUUUUUUUAAAUUUUGGAAAAAAAGUUACUUACUUAUCGACCUCUAGUUGGGCCUCUAGUUGCACAGCGUCGCAGGGACGCUUUUUUCCUCCGUUUUGUCGCUACUCGCGUACUCGUGUCGGGCCUCGCAGUACGGCUCGCUCCUCCUAAUCCCCGUGAAGCCAUUUGGUAAUCCAGAAGUACGGGAAACACUAGCGGCUUGGCGCAUUGCCUCGCUCUGUCCGACUUUCCUCCAGCGCCUGUUCGGCCUAAGUGUCCUGCCUUUCAUAUCAGCAGUGGAAAGAGGUAAAACACGCUGUGCAAGGCUGGCGAGAUUAAAAUUCUUCGCCAUUUUACACCACCUUGUACAGAAGCCCACGUGUAAAAACCUAACCCUAUAAUAAUAAAAGCGGGUGAGAAGGAGAGGGAAUUCAUGGAGUGAAUUACCCUAUCCGUCGAAGCCAUUUUAUUAUUAUAGGAAAAAAAAGUUACAAUAAAAUUUAUGUAUAUAAGGAUCCCCCCCUCAUUUGUCCAAUUUUCUAGUCUUUUAUCAUUUGUCCAUUUUUUUUUUUUUUUUAUAUUAAAAAAAAUUUUUUAGGACCUCAUUUGUCCAAUUUUCUAGUCAAAAUUUUGAUAGAAAAAACAAUUUUCAGGACCUCAUUCGAAAAAAUCCAAAAAAGACUAGAAAAUGGGACAAAUCAUUUUUAACUAGAUUUUGGGACAAAUGAGCUAGAUAAUUUUUGGCUAUGAUUUUCUUUCACCCUUUAUAUGGAUUAAUAGCUUUACUUAUAGCAGCACCUGGCCUAGCUACAGCAGUAAUUCAAGACUUUUAGGUGAUGCAAUGGUGAUAGUAAAGCUGACAUCGUGGAUUUGCGGAUUCUAUUAUUUUUAUGUUUCUUGCAGCUAG